AUUCCUAUCCCUUUACCAUCUCAUAUGCCUCGAACGUCCGCCUUGAACGCCUGCCUUGAAGGCUACCUUGAUCUGAAUGAGGAGCUUUACGGGAUGGAUCACAUCAAGGCGGGGAUAAACAGAGGUGUAGAAGUGGCGAUGCCCAAGUUUAAGGAAAAUGACUUCUCAAGAAUUACUCUCAGAAGGCUCGUCGCAGCAAACCUCUUGCCCAAAUCUCUGGGUGUGGUUCGUCCUGCAGCAGCCGCACCGUCGGCCUCCAGGCUCUUCAAUACCAACGCCGUGAGUGAGUACGACUCCGAGGUGGACGACCGCGAGCUAGAUGUUGAUCGUCGAUCUGGCCGCUCGCUCCCCCGCCGUCGCAAUGACUUCUUCUCAGAUGUGCUUGAUCCUUUUGCUCCACCUAGGAGCCUGAGCCAGGUUCUGAACCUGAUGGACCAAAUGAUGGACAAUCCUUUCGUCUCUGCUUCGCACGGCAUGGGAGCUGGUGUCCGCCGCGGCUACAACCUCAAGGAGACUGAGGACGCCUUGAACAUCAGCAUCGACAUGCCUGGGCUCGGAAAAGAGGACGUCAAGGUCAGUAUGGAGCAGAACACUCUGGUCAUCAAAGGUGAGGGAGCAAAGGAAUCCGAGGAUGAGGAGAGUGGCCGGAAGUACACUAGUAGGCUCGAUCUGCCUGCGAAGUUAUUCAAGUUCGAUCAAAUCAAGGCCGAGAUGAAGAACGGUGUGCUGAAAUUGGUGGUGCCGAAGGUCAAGGAGGAAGAGAGGAGUGAUGUUUUCCAGGUUAAGGUUGAGUGAUUUGAAGAUUUUGUGUGCAGUGUUGGGCUUCUGGAAUGUGCUGGAUAUGAACUUUUUGGUUAGUUAAUGCUAAAAUUACACUAAUCAGCUGUAUGAGUUGAGUAUUUGAGAAACUGAACAAUGUUAAUAUCAAGGUCUUGUCAGUGAAAUUGCAAAUUAACUACUUUCUUAACA